AUGCCGAGGUACUUUGUCGAAUUCGUGAAUCUACAGCGCAAAAAUGGCGGCAAAGUCUCUGAAAGCCCUGAAACGCAGUGCCCGAUUUCAUUCACAGCUACGGUGAAACUGUUUUCCAACACCUUGCCCAACACUACCCGUGCCGUUGCGAAGCUGUUUUCCGGAGACGGCAGCGAUGGCAAGGACAGCACAGAGCCAAUCACGUACCGGAAGUCGCAGGUCACGAGGGUGGUUGCUCCGGAGUAUCUCGUGCAGUUCGGGGAGCCCGUUAGACGGUCGCAGGCCGGCGUGCAGAAGCUCGGGCCCCUGGUCGACGCCGAGGAGUUCCGGCGGUGUGAGGCCAAGUACGCAGGGAAGAUCCGUGGACGCCGUGGGUUGGUGUGUCUGGCGGCGAAGGACGGCGAAGCGGCCGACGAAGCCGACACGAGGUCCGUCCAGCUGUGCAUCGUGUUUGUCCCCUGGGGCGAGUACCCCGAGCUUGACGGAUACGUCGUUGUUGGGGAGUGCAAGGAGUGGGCAGAGCUGCGCCGGUGGAUGGCUGCGGUCGACGUGAAGGAGAACCCGGCCACAGGCUCGUGGGAGAUACCCACGGGCAGCGGUGUGUGGGUGAACCGCUGUGGCCAGAUCCUGGACAAGCCUGCACCCCACGGUGCCAGCAGUCGGCUAGAGGAGCCGGGGGCAAAGAGGCCGCACCGGGUUAAGGCCGUCGACCUGCUGUUCAAGCGGUCUCGCGUUGGGUAG